CGCCCCGCCCCGAGCAGCGAAGACACUCUGGCGCCGUGACCCCGACCGACUGUGGUCAAGAUGGCGUUGACGGCGGUGGUACGAAUCCCAACGCGCGCUCUGCUUCGCCCGUGGGCCCGGCUCCGGGAUUCAGCCCUCGGGUGGAUGGAGCCGGUAGGCGGCGUCGAGGUCAGCACGCAGCGCUUUGGGAGCCAGAGGGUGCUGGUGGAGCCGGCCUCAGCCGCAGGGGUCGCUGUGAUGACGUUCAAGAACCCCCCAGUGAAUAGCCUCAGCCUAGAGCUGCUAACAGAGCUGGUCAUCAACCUGGAGAAACUGGAAAAUGACAAGACCUUCCGAGGCGUUGUCUUAACUUCGGACUGCCCCGGGAUCUUCUCAGCCGGCCUGGACCUGACAGAAAUAUGCGGGAGGAACCCAGCGCACUACGCCGAGUACUGGAAGGCUGUACAGGAGAUGUGGCUACGGCUGUACCUGUCCAACCUGAUGCUGGUUGCCGCCAUCAAUGGAGCAUGCCCUGCCGGAGGCUGCCUGAUGAGCCUCACCUGUGACUACCGGGUUAUGGCUGACAACCCCAAGUAUGCCAUUGGGCUGAAUGAGACCCUGCUGGGCAUCGUCGCCCCCUUCUGGUUCAAAGACACCCUUGUGAACACCAUUGGGCACCGAGCCUCGGAGCGUGCUCUACAGCUGGGGUUGCUCUUCCCGCCGACGGAGGCCCUCCAGGUGGGCAUGGUGGACCGGCUGGUGCCUGAGGACCAGGUGCAGAGCACGGCGCUCUCGGUGCUGGCCCAGUGGAUGGCCAUUCCAGACCAUGCUCGACAGCUGACCAAGAACAUGAUGCGAAAGCCCACAGCUGACGGCCUGCUGAAAAAGCGUGACGAGGACAUCCAGAACUUUGUCAGUUUUAUCUCCAGAGACUCCAUCCAGAAGUCGCUGCAGAUGUACUUAGCAAAGCUCAGACAAAAGAAAGGCUAAGGGCUAGUUCAGCACACAAGGGGUUUAGGCCUAUACGCCCUUCAGGGCUCCUCUGGUCUCCGCUAAGGGUUUUAAAGUAGGUAUUUUCCAGUUUAAAAGUCCUUUCAGCUCUUUGUUUUGCUGAUCUCAGAAGGCCCUGUUCCUUGUAGGUAGUGCCUGAGGCCCACCACCACCCACCAGUGCCUUUUCUGCCUGGCAGGUGGGCUGGGUGGGGUUGGUAGGCAGUGUCUGGGUUUGGGAAUCAUGAACUGGCAGGUGGGGCCGCAUUGGACCUCAGCAUUGUCACCACUGAGUAUUUCCUUUCCUAAAGAAGAAUCAUGAAUAAAGUCCUCGGGCUGUCCCAUCUCUGA